GGCCCACCCCCUCCCGCGUGUGGAAGGGUGACGUGACAUGCAUUUUAUUCUUUGAUCUACAAAUCUGACACACGUUAGCAGAGUCCAAUCCUUUCCGUGAAAUUACAAGACUUCUACAGACGGUGUGACAGAGAACUGUGAAACAGAAUCGACGCACAAAGCGACUGGUUCUCUUUUAACGUGUGAUGGCCAUCAUUGCCACCUGUCGCGAGAAAAUGCUUCUCAGAAGAGAAAAACUGUAAGUGGUUCAACAUCGAAGGGGGUCGUUGAGGAGCUGAGGGGUGGGCAGGAAAGUUGUGACGUCAAUGUUACCCACCAUCGCGGCGGCAGCAGUGGUUGCGGGAAGUGUGUAUGUGUAGGGGGUGGAGGAAGGCCCGAAGAACACCCAAAAGGGACGCACAGGAACCGCUAGAUGGCUAGACAGGCGCACAGGGCAAGAGGAAAAAGGGGGGUGUUUUAACUACCCCCGCCAACCUUCCAACUUCCUCUUCUAACCUCCCUCAUCUCUCUCUUCCCGCGUCUAAUUGGCGAAUGCGGUGUGAUGGAUGCCCGCGAAAAGUCAUCGCAUCGCAACCGCCGGCAACCAUAGAGCUGGUUGCAAGGAGUAAAAACGCAGACCAACUCCGUGCCGCAAAAAGGAGGCGGGCGGCGGCAGCAAGAGCGCCCCCUUGCGGCGGCCGCAGCAAGCAAUGUGACAAGAUUCUGUGCUUUCUUGUGUACAACACUGAAACAUUAAAACUUAAAAUGAAUAUUGCAAUUAAACAGACAUAUUUAACACAGAGGCUGAAGUGAACCUCAAGACGAUAUAUUUAAAUAGAUAAAUAAAAUAUUAAUGGACUUAAAAUUUCAGUGUUGCAUUGUGAAUACAUUUUUAAUUAUAUUUUAUGAUUUAAUAAUUAGGUUCGUAAUUUUCGCAGUGAUGAAAGAGUGAUAAUUUAAGACGCAAGAGAACAAAACUGAGUCGGACAAUUUUUUUUUCUCAUAGCUUGACUCUGUGAAAGGAAACGAAUCUUUGAGGAAGACUAACAGGGAAGACAAUCGAAUUACUUUUUGUUUCCACGUCUGUGACUCCGCUGUGACUUCACUGAGGUCGAGUUUGGUGUGACGGGAAACUCCUUGAUUUUAUUGGGGACGUUGCUAACAGACAAACAGAAGAAGUCUGCAAAGAGCGCGUGUGUAACUUAGUGUUCAGAAAGAGAGGUGUAAGUGUGCGUUGUGGCAGACCGAGUAAGAAAACAAAAGAAAUCGAAUUGUGGAAGGUAACAAGUUCGGUCCAAAAAGAAAAUAGAAGUGAACAUAAAGGACGACAGACUUCUUCAAUGUAGGCCAUAAUCGACUCAGAAUAAACGGAAGCAGACAUGUGGAGUUGUAAACUUAGUUUCGAGUUGACGUUACAGGUAAAAGUGUCCGGUGCUCGGAAAAGACGACACGUUAAGAGUUCUCAGAAGUGAAGACAAGUUAUAACUGUCUUGUGGUAAUUUUUGAAGUAGAGUGAUGCACUUGUCUUCUGAGGUGGGCACACCGACAGCGGGGGCGGCAGCAAGUGACGGCGGUGGAGGCGGCUACAGCGCAAUAACUGCAGAUGUUCUGGCUGAGAGGACACUGGACGGGCUUCUGUCGGAACAUCCUGGUGAACUUGUCCGGACAGGAAGUCCUCAUCUCGUAUGCACGGUCCUCCCGCCGCACUGGAGAUCUAACAAGACUCUUCCCGUCGCAUUCAAAGUGGUGGCUCUGGGGGACGUGCUGGACGGCACCCUGGUCACUGUACGGGCCGGCAACGACGAGAACUACUGCGCCGAGCUUCGCAACUGCACGGCGGUCAUGAAGAACCAGGUGGCCAAGUUUAAUGACCUCAGGUUCGUCGGUAGAAGUGGCAGAGGAAAGAGCUUUACUCUGACCAUCAUUGUCAGUUCCUCACCCCCACAGAUGGCGACCUACAACAAGGCCAUCAAGGUGACGGUGGACGGGCCAAGAGAACCCCGCUCCAAAACACUUCUGAUUGUUGCAGGACAUCAACCAUUUCAUCCUUUCCACUUUGGACCGCGCCCCUUCCACUUCGGCAACCCACUGGACCCAGGACAGAGAGUGCCAGAUCCCCUGGUUGGAAGCCUUCCUUUCAAACUGACAGGGAUCGCUCACCACCUUGGCAUGAGUGGAACGGAGCCCCCGUGGGGACCGUUCGGGAGAGGGCCCGGCGGGUACGCGCACCACUACCUGCCGCCACACUGCGGGGCACCGGCCGGUCUGCACGCGCCCCACUUCCCGCCCCAUGUGCUGGCGCUCACCAACCCCGACCAGCCCCUCAGCUCACCCAACAGACUGUCCUCAGUAUCGGAACCCCAGGGCCGCUCCUCCAGCGACACGACCAUAGGGACUAUGAGCAUUAGUGUGGCCAGUCACAGCAGCAGCAGCACAGCCAGCAGUCAGCCGGCGUCAGGGACAGUCAGGAGCCCCAAACCCAGGAGACAGGGACAGCAGGGACAGCUUACAACAGUUCCGCGGCUCUCACCUACACCUGAAGGCACAACAACGCCUACUCCAACAGGUCAAGAUGCUCCAUCAUCCUCUUCUACCUCUCCUCUAGAGGCCCCACCGCCUUCACCACCCACGAUAAGAUUCGCACCCACAGCACAUCCACACCCUCAUUUUCAUCCCCUGUUACACCACCACCACCACCACCACCACCCUGGGGGUGGACAGCACUCAGCUUAUUUCAGCAGCGCAGCAGCUGCAGCGGCGGCCGCUAGUCUCUUCCUUAACACUCCUCUGCUACCCCCGACGUCACAGUGGUUAUAUUCCCAACUAUACGGGAGUGCGCCAAACCCUCUGCACACACAUCUGCACCCCCAUCUCCAUCACCUAACUCCAACACACAGGCCACCCCUGAUAUUACCCAUAAGACGGACUCCAGUCCCAGAAACUGAAGAGAAUGAUGCACCGGAGGAAUUAGUCACGAACAGGUCCAAUGCGGAAGGGACACGCAGCAGCUCUGCCUCGCCGCCUGCAAUGCCGACCAAGAAAGUGAAGCCCUCAACAUCGCCCUGUGCGACAACUGCGGAUACUUGUAAUAACAAGGGACUUUCCCCGCCUGCUUCAACAGUCACUGCCACCAAGACUACCACGAGACAUUCCGACGUCUGGCGGCCGUAUUAGUAAUUAAAAGUAUCAAGUGGGCCAUGGUGUUUGUUAAAGAGUUCUAUCUGACUUUAAAUCGAAUUUAUUUGGAGACGACAAGUUAAACGUGAUGUGUUCUAGAAUAACGAAAAUACAUUGGUGGCAGCGGUGGGAACGGUGAUGGUAGUUGACAGUGAAGUGAUCAUGGAAGUGACAUAAAUAUUUAUACAGAUGUUAACAGUCUGUAAAUAUGUAUGAGAUCCUAGUUUCUAAUGGAAUGUGAUGCUGUUUUCUGGUUGAUCGGCUAGAUGUACCGAUGUUUCGGAGGAGCCUGUUUCCUCUAUCUUCUACCCUGAAGGUUAGGGUAUUAAGUUCCGUCUAACGUUGCAAUCUGUUUACCAAAUUACACGGUCUCAGAUCUCAGAAGAUUGUAAAGCCGGUAGAAAUAUUCUUGUUCUAUCACAAAAUCUAUGUGGGGGAAGUAAAUUCGCUGUCUUUAAAGACAUCGUGGCUUUCCUCAGUAAUCCUAGAUGAAUGUCAGGAUACUACCUUUAAAUUGACUGUAACUGAUCCCUUAAAUUUGUAAUCUACUCUUAGUUCAUGAACAAACUUCUCAUUAUUAGACGCUGUAGUGCGUCUACAGACCGCCUCUGUGGUCUAGUGGUCAGCGUUCCUGGCUACAGUUCCAGAGGACCCG